UCCAUUGCAAUAGACUGGCAAAGCGAAGAGGCUGCCAGCUGGAUUGCAAGGAGGCCUGGGCUAUGCCUUGAGGACUAGCACCUUGGGCAGUUUGGGUCCAAAAGGAAGGAUGGGCCCCCAAGAGGAGCAGCAGCAGCAGCCUGCAGGGGAGGCAAGCCCUGAGGCCCCCCAGGAGGCCCCCGAUGAAGAUGGCAUGACCUGGUGGUACAAGUGGCUUUGCAGGCUGGCAGGGGUCAUUGGAGGCAUCUCCUGUGCCUUUUCUGGGCUCUGGAUGUGUGUCACCAUCCACCCGCUCAACGUAGCAGCCGGAGUCUGGAUGAUGUUGAACGCCUUCGUCCUCAUCCUGUGUGAGGCUCCGUUUUGCUGCCAGUUUGUUGAAUUUGCAAACGUCAUCUCAGCCAGAGCAGAUCGUCUCCGUCCGUGGCAAAAAGCAGCCUUUUAUUGUGGGAUGGCACUCUUCCCCAUUAUCCUGAGCUUGACUCUGACGACGUUGAUCGGCAACGCCAUCGCCUUCGCCACCGGAGUGCUUUACGGGCUUUCAGCACUAGGCAAAAAGGGAGACGCCAUUGCUUACGCCCGGAUGCAGCAGUUUCAGCGGAAGCCAACCGAAGCAGAUGGGAACGCUGUUGAACCCGAAGCCGUGUGAGUCCCUAUGGAAAACUAUAACUCUCCUUUCGCUCCUCUUCUCGACAUCGGGACCCUAAGACUCUCCAAACACCGAUUCCAAACUUGGGGAGUGCAGAUGGAAAACACAUCUUUCCUUGGACCUCCUCUUGAUGCCGCCUGGAAUGGCAUUGGCCUUUUCAACCUCCUGGCCCAUGUCUACAAAGACUCUGAGAUCCCUUUCCUACAGAGUGUUUUCCAGCCAGGUUUCACUCUAUACCUAUACGUUGAAUACUUGAACUGGACACAGUGUGUACGAAUCGAAAGAGGAGGUUGGGAAACAUGUCCCACUUCUCUGUGACUCUUCUAUGCUGUGGCUUUAUGACAGCAGGGUUUCAAAUAGGGCUUCUUCUUCGAUCUCAGGAUGGAUCGGGACUAUGAAGGACAUAGGAUCCUUUUACAUUACUGUGAGAUAGAUGGAUAGCUAAAUA